UACCAACACCCCCAUAAUAAAUUCCACUCUCCCCACCAACACAGCAAAUUCAAACUUUGUGCUCGCACGACUCAAUCCCCCUCAGGCCUCAGUGCCUCACCCUUUUUCUCUCUCUAUUUUACCAUUUUUCAUUCAUCGUUUAACUUAAUUACAACAGCAACUUGGAAUUCUUCGUCAUUCAGGGUGUACUAGUAUAGAGAUUGGAUCCAUGUCGGAUUCUUUGUCAUUCACAGGUGCAGAAGAUAGUAUCCGGCUGCUUCCUGCAGUUAAUGAUGACCAUGGAGGUGUCAUUGUGGAUUUGGAGGAGCCUAUGGAUUCCAAGGUCUUCAUUGGUGCCCUUAGAGCCUCAAUGUCCCAUUGGAAGCACGCGGGAAAAAAGGGUGUGUGGAUAAAACUUCCCAUUGAACUUGCAAACCUUGUUGAAACUGUGGUCAAGGAGGGCUUUUGGUAUCAUCAUGCAGAGCCAAAUUAUCUAAUGCUGGUUUACUGGAUUCCUGAAACUAUUAAUACACUCCCUGCAAAUGCUACACAUCGUGUUGGAGUUGGUGCUAUUGUCUUAACAGAGAAAAGAGAGAUGCUUGUAGUACAGGAAAAGAGUGGCAGACUUCGAGGAACAGGUGUCUGGAAGAUCCCUACUGGAAUCGUGGAUGAGAGAGAGGAUAUAUGUGCAGCAGCCAUCAGAGAAGUUAAGGAAGAGACAGGAGUUGAUGCAGAAUUUGUCGAGGUAGUAGCUUUCAGGCAAACUCACAAAGCAUUCUUUGAUAAGUCAGAUUUAUUCUUUUUGUGCUUCUUGCGCCCUUUAUCUUUCAAAAUUCAGAAGCAAGAAUUGGAGAUAGAGGCAGCUCAGUGGAUGUCUAUACCAGAAUUCACUGCUCAACCUUUCGCCCAGAAAUCUAGUCUUUUCAAGCACAUAGCUGAUCUCUGUUUAGUGAAGCUGGACAAGAAUUAUGCUGGAUUUUGCUCAGUGUCAUCCUCAUCCUCAUCCUCAUCCGAAGAUAAACCACCUUAUAUAUACAUGAAUACCAGAGAUUUGCAUCGCUCAGGCCACACAACCACAAAUCGACUAUGAAGCAUUGUAGUCGGAUCGUGUUGUAACUUCUUAAUUUAGCUUCCUAUUUAUUCAAGUUCUUUAUCCCCUCACUGAACACCAUUCUAUUAUCUUCACAAGCUUAGAGUUUUGAGGCUUGUAUUAGUGACAACGCUUUGUGUGAAAUUCUUGGCCUAAGCAUGGAAUUAAAACUCGGCCGUUCCGUUACGUAACGGCCGUUCUGUAACCUAUUUUGGAUUUGCCGUUACGCGAAAACCCGUUACGUUACGGUUUGACAAAAA